GUGGUGCUUUUCUUUUCGAAGAGAUACUUCAGUCAAAUUUAUUCAGUACUUUUAACUUCUAAUGUGAUAAAUUCUUGCUUAUAGAUUCCAUCAUAUGAAAUGCUGGGUAUCCCAAAGCACGAGGAAAUACCUUUGGUGCCACAACUGCCUCUCUCUGUAAUGGGCGAUGCUUGUUCUCGAGUGGACCUAACAGCCAUUCAUCAGCUUUUGCUCGUGUCACAUUAUAAGGAUGAUGAUGGAUCCUGCGAACUGUCCUUCCAAGAAUGGACUCAACAGAUUCGAGAUAUGUUGGAGGCGCGUAAGCGAGGCGACAUGGCAUUUCGAGAUAAAAAUUUUAUAGAGGCAAUAGACGGCUAUACUACGUUCAUUGACGUAGGAAAUAUAGUAUCUCCAACAGUCUACGCGCGAAGAAGUAUUUGUUAUCUGCUGUGUGAUAAACCAGAUGCAGCACUUAGAGAUGCCAUGCAAGCACAAUUGGCUCACCCUGAGUGGCCGACUGCAUUUUACUUGCAGGCCGUUGCCCUUGUUAAGCUCGGAAUGCACAAGGAUGCAGCUGACAUGUUGAAUGAGGCAUCAACAUUAGAGAAGAAAAGGCAUAAUAGAGGUAGCAGAGGGUAUUGAGAAUUCAGUUCUCUCAAACACUUUGGUGCAUUUUUUGCCUACCAUGGGAUCUGUAAGUUAUCA